AAUGUCACUCUCUUCAGUACAAUACCCCAGCACAAUACAAUGCUUGUGCCCCUCGGAGCUCACCUCGCGGAUCCGGCCCCCUCCCUCUCUGUCUCUGUCUCCGCCAUCGGAAUGCGGCAUAUCCUUCGCCUGUGGUUUCCUUGUCCCCCUUUGCGCCAUUGCCUUCCGCGGCCCUCCAGCGACCCCGCAGCUCCACAGUUCUCGAGGUCUGGAAUUCGGUGUUCGAAGUCGCGUUCUUCCAAGUUCGGGAAUGGCACGGUGAGUCCCGUGGUUUCGAGAUCCUUGGGCAAUUUUGGAGGUGCGGUGGAGCUUUCUGAAGGGGUUUGAUUGCCGCGAGGUGUAGAGGAGAGGGAGGGAUACGAGCGGCAUGGAGCAUGAAGCGGAUGAGUUGCAAAGUGCGCCACAUGAUGGGCGACUGGUGUUGGAGGAUCGACUGAGAGGGAAGUCUUUGACGGUGCUGAGCAAGAGCCUUGUGAAGCCUGCGUCGGAGACGCCGAGCGAGAAGCGGUGGCUGGCGUUUUCGAAUUUGGACUUGGAGUGGAUGCCGUUUUACACUCCCGUGCUGUGCGCUUACAGGGAGAAGCCGGCGGGGAAGGAUGUGGGAGAUCAUCUGCGGGAGUCGUUGAGGAAGGCGCUGGAGUUGUUUUAUCCGCUGGCUGGAAGAGUAGUGACGGGCGGCGAGCAAGGGCCGGGGAUUGACUGUAACGAUGCGGGCGCCGUGUUCGUGGAGGCGAGCAUCGAUGCGGAUGUGGACGAGGUGCAAUUCAACGAGGAUUUUCAGCCGUCGUUUAUUCUGACGGGCAUGGAGGCGGCAGGAAUGGGUGGUUAUCCGAAGCUCCCCGACAAAUCUUCAGGGCGGCCUGGUCUCAUCGUGCAGUUGACGCACUUUAGGUGCGGUGGCAUUACUGUGGCAUUCAAUUGGGCGCACCCGGUAGCUGAUGGAUACUCUGGGUUGCACUUUUUGAAGUCUUGGGCAGAAAUCGCUCGCGGAAAAGAAGUUUCUCUUCUUCCCGUCCACGAGCGUCACCUUGUGAAGCCGAGAAAUCCUAACGUUCUCUCUAAUCCCUUCCCCGGAGUUCCAGAACGCCCAGACGGCAACGGCGAUCUAACUCAUGAUUUGCAUAUUAAGGACACUGGCAGAAAUUCAGGCGAGGAGAAAAAAUUCAUUGAAGGAAAGGCCGAGGAAAAGGAGACUUCUCUCAUAGUGCAGGUAAUCGAAAUAAGUGGGCGAGAUGUUGGUAACUUGAAGCGGGAGGUGGAAAAUGGAGUGUCUGUCGCAAUGCCUCGCUUAUCGCGGGUGAGCUGUGUCUCAGCCCACUUGUGGCGAGCUCUAGUGAAAGCACGCAACCUUCCUGGCGCAGACUUCACUAGAUUUUGGAUGCUUGUCGAAGGUAGGAAGAAGUUUUCCGUUCCCAUGGGCUAUUUUGGCAAUGUUCUCGGCAGCCGUAUCGCUACCACAACAGUAAGCGACUUAUUGAACAAGCCGCUGGCUUUUUCAGCACACUUGAUUCAGGCCGCUGUCCAACAGGCCACAAAGGAUUGGUAUCAGGAUAUUGUGGAUUGGAUGGAAGCGAAGCAGGACAUGGAACGCCCUGGACAAGUCUUCGGUUCUGAGCACGAGUGCGGCGCCUCAUGGCAGAAUCGUUUCCCAUAUUAUGAGCUGGACUUCGCCUUUGGAGCUCCUUUGUGUGCUAUGCGCAAUGCCAAUGGCGGUUGGAAUGGUUUUGUCAUUGUCCUCCCUAGCAAUCAAAACAGUGAAAAUUACACUGCUAUGGUGCACGCAACUCCUGAGGUCAUGGAGAGAUUUAUACCUUUGCUGCACAACUUCAAUCAUUCCUCACAACUGAUUUCCUCUUAGUUCCCUUCAUGUGAAACCUACUAUACAUCAGGGUUUGUUUUACAGAUAUUAGAAUCCUCUCUUAUGACCAAUACUGAUGGGCUCAAAGCAUUGGGAUUUAUAUAAUUGUUAAAUUUGGUUUGAAUGUAAUCAUUCUGAUUACAACACUAUUCCUGCCCACAA